AUCGUCUCCUAAGGGGCCCCUCCUUUUCUGUGAAGAACAGCCCCAUUUGGCCUUUUAAUCCAAACCUGCAGUUGAUUCACAUCAUCAAUUCAAGAUGCCUUACCUUGACAAAGCCGAGACAUGGCUCACGCAAUCCACUCUCCUCCUCCAGGCCAGACCCUCCACCACACGUAUCACAACAAAAUAUACCCUUCUCGACCCCUCUAAGCCCUCGAAAUCCGCAUCGCGCAAACCAAAGCCCAGCACCAAAGCCAACAACCCAGAAGACCCCGCCUCAGCUCCUUCAACAACACCGGCACCAGCAUCCGAGCCUAUUCGCGCGACCCUCACAUUAAAGACGUACGAUCCGGCUUCAGGCACUACGCUUAAGUAUAGCACGACAAAGGCAGCAGAGGUCUCAAGAUUAAUACAGAUCCUGGGAAGGUUGGGGAGGCCGAUGGCGGGGCUGCCAGAGGUCAAGGAGGAUAUUGCAAUGGUUGAUGCGACGCCGGCGGAGAGCGGGAGUGGUGUUGCGACGCCAGUGCUGGAGACGCCUGGAGCUGCGGCUGGGAAGCCCGGACAAGGCGGAGGAGGUGCGAAGAAAGGGAAGAAGAAGGGCAAGAAGUGAAGCAUAUACUAUAGGUGAUGAGACGGGUGCAGAUUGCGUGCAGUUGCAUGGGGAGGCGUUAGGCGCGGCAUUUCUCAUGAUAGGUAGCUUGCAUUGGUCAGUGGAAACAUAGAUGGAUGAGCUGACCUCAUCGAACCUGGGGAGAGUUUCAGCGCGGUGUCUAAGAAGGAUUCUGAGAUCAAGAUCUAGAAUAUUGCACCAAAGCAUACAAAGUACAAAAUCAAAAGAACAAUUUGUAACUUAAUAAUUCUUUCUAUUCAGCUGAUAUCGUUAUCCUAUUAUGAAUCGUAAUCCAUCAUCCUGCCCCAACUCCAGAAACGCCACUCUUGUGAAGAUAUACCCAGCAAGC